UCUCCACCAUCUAUCAGAAUCUUCGCAUCUCGUUCUUCCCCAUCAUCACCGUCAUCCACUGUGGCAUCAUCUAGAAGAUCAAUAUCUCUGUCAAUUAUCGCCGUCACGUCUUCCGUCGUCUCCUCUGUUUGCUUCUCUUCUCCGGCACUAGCUGAAUUCUCAGAAAUCCCUGAUUCUGGUGGAGUUAAGAGUCUCGACCUCCGAAUCGGCGACGGUGAAGUCCCCAUUGAAGGAAAUCAGAUUGAAAUACAUUACUAUGGGAGGUUGGCUGCGAAGCAAGGAUGGAGAUUUGAUUCAACAUAUGAUCAUAAAGACAGUAAUGGUGAAGCUGUUCCUUUCACAUUCAUCCUUGGUUCUAGCGAAGUAAUUAGGGGGAUUGAAACAGCUGUAAGGUCUAUGAAAGUAGGCGGGAUUCGUCGCGUGGUUAUACCUCCAUCUCAAGGAUACCAAAAUACAUCACAAGAACCUCUUCCACCAAACUUCUUUGACAGACAGAGACUCUUCACGACUAUCUUUAACCCAACACGUCUUGCCAAUGGAGAAGGUUCAACUCUUGGAACUCUUGUUUUCGACAUCGAACUCGUCAGCACCAGACGACGCCUUAAUCGAUGAUGAGUCAUAUUCUCUCAAUUAGUACUAUCUGGUUUCUUCUUAGUCAAGAAAGCAUAUAAUAUUCGGUAUAUUGUAAUCAUUUUAGAAAUUUUAUAGGUUACGUGAGUAGAACAUUCAGUUUGAUAUAAAUGACGUACUUGUGUGUUGACAGAAAUGCAAAUCUUGUCCCAACUUAGACU